ACCACACCCCGCUUCUGUUACCGAAGCAGGGAUGCGGUCUAUCGAGCACAAGAAUCUUUCUUCGGUGUUUGCAUUCCUGUCGCAACGUCAAUAGUGAUGUCCAGUCAAUUCCCAUCGCUGAAGCGAGCCCAGACGGAUUUCCUCGUGGAGUCAUCGAGUCCACUACGACACGGGUCAACCGCGUCCACCAAUUCGUCCGCCUACUCAGUCGCAUCAAGUUCAUUUACUCCAAGCCGGACAAGCACGGUAUCUUCCAAUGCGUCCAUACAGAGCAACCUAGGUCAUCACCGAGGAAAGAGUGAGGCAAGCGCAGUCAGGAUGGAGUCAACAAACGGAGGAAUCUCGGAAAGUGCUGGCAGCACUUAUGAAAAUAUUCGCCGGUCUCUACGACCCUUACAACAGGCGCCUAACAUCAAUCCAACGCCCUCGAAGGCUGGCGCCUAUCGACACACCCGCAGCCACACCAUAGACGAGAAACAGUAUUUGAAGGAUAUGCGACCGAGUACCCCAGAGUUGCCUCAUGCCCACCUCAAGGAAAAUGAGUCGCCUCGGUAUAAAUCGCCUGCAUUUGAGCCUCAAACACCCCCUCUGGGUGCUUCGCCUCGCCACUGGUCGCCCACUCCAACUCCAGGAUCUUCCCGCCCUUCAUCUCCUCAGAAGACUCUGCCCGGAAGCCCACGUCCAGCUCAACUUACGACAACUCUCUCUACCCCAGAACUCGAAACAUUCCAAAAAUCAUCCACACGCCAUCUCAGAACGCUGUCCAAGUUCGCUCAAUCUGGUGAAGGCGAGGAGUUCCAACUCGCGUCUGCAACAGCAUCUGUGAUUGGUCUACAGGGUCGGCGACGAUUGAAGCGAGCUGACUCAGUGGCUGGGAGAAAUGGCGCGAUAUCACCAGAAAAGCCCAAAGCGUCCUCAUGGGCAGCAGGGAACUGGAUGGAUCAACAGCGACAAUUUCUACAAGCGUACGAGUACCUGUGUCAUAUUGGCGAGGCGAAAGAGUGGAUUGAAGAGGUUAUGAAAAAAGAAAUCCCGCCAAUUGUUCAGCUGGAGGAGGCACUGAGAGAUGGUGUGACCCUGGCGGAGGUGGUACAGGCCAUGUAUCCUGACCGAACUUUGCGAAUCUUUCGAAACCCAAAGCUACAAUAUCGCCAUUCAGACAACAUUGCCUUGUUUUUCCGCUUUCUCGACGAUAUUGAGUUACCGGAGCUUUUUCGAUUCGAGCUCAUCGACCUCUACGAAAAGAAGAAUCUUCCGAAAGUCAUUCACUGUAUCCAUGCUCUUUCUUGGUUGCUGUUUAAAAAUGGCAUGCUGGACUUCCGCAUGGGCAACCUGGUUGGUCAGCUUGAAUUUGAACACCACGAACUUGAAAAGACUCAAAAAGGUCUUGACAAGGCGGGUGUCAGCAUGCCGAGCUUUGCAGGCAUGGCUGCGAACUUCGGCGCAGAGCCAGAACCCGAGCCCGAACCUGUUGAGUCGGAGGAAGAGCGAAUCGACCGCGAGCUACACGAGAACGAAGCCGCAGUUGUUGACUUCCAGUCUCAGAUCCGGGGAGCCAUGAUGCGCCUCAAGCUUGGAAAUACGAUGAAUGAUCUUUGGGAUUUCGAGCCUUUGCUGGUUGAAUUGCAAUCACGUAUUCGUGGCGACUGGGCUCGCCAAAUCAGCCAAUAUCGACUUGAGAUGCGUCAGUUUGCGGUUCAACUGCAGGCAGUCAGUCGGGGAUUCAUUGUUCGUCACCGCCAGAAAGGUGAUAUGCAGUCUCGCAAAGCCCAAGAGUGUGACAUUCUUGAGCUCCAGAGUCUUAUUCGGGCUUCCAAGUCGCGAGCCCAGACAAACUUGUUGCAGACUCGUAUGCGAAAAGAGGAGUCCGGAAUAAAGAAUUUCCAAGCAGCAAUCAGGGGUGCCCUCCAACGAAAGAUUGUCGCUGAUCAAUACGAUGACACUCGAUAUGCAGAGAACGAUGUUACUGCCCUUCAAGCAGCAAUAAGGGGUGCUCUCCAGCGCAAGAUCGUUGCCGACCAGUUUGAUGAAACUCGGUCUGCUGAGAACAAUGUUACUGCCCUGCAAGCUGCAAUUAGAGGUUCCCUUCAGCGCAAGAUCUUUGCCGAUCAAUAUGAAGACACCCGAUCAGCGGAGAAUGAUGUUACCGCCCUUCAAGCAGCCAUCCGUGGUUCCUUGCAACGGAAGCAGAUGAGCGUACAAUCACAGCAAAUUGAGGAGACUAGCAGUCCAGUCCAGUCACUUCAGGCUGUGAUUCGUGGUACCCUUGCUCGCCAGCAUAUGGCUCAGGUCAAGGCUUCGCUCCACAACGAGAGUGUCGCUGUCACCGUAUUACAAGCAGGUGCUAGGGCACUUGCUGCGAGAAAACGACACUUGGAACUUCUGGAUGCUCUGUCAAAAUCGGAGAGUGAGUGCAUUGAAUUCCAAGCGAUAAUACGCGGUGCCACAGUCAGACAGGGCAAUCAAGUUCUCCGCGGUGAGCUAGCGCAGCAUAUUUCAUCAGUCACUGCCAUGCAGGGAAUACUGAGAGCCAACGCUCUGCGAGACUUCUUGCAAUCGCAACAUGACCAGCUCAUGAACUCUGAGAGUACCGUGCUGGAUGUGCAGUCAAUGGCUAGAGGCUUGAUCCAGCGUAAGCACCGGAAUGACGAACGGAAAGCAUUGGAAGAACACGAGAAUGCCGUUGUGGAGAUUCAAGCACUUUCUCGCGCAGCUCUGGAGCGUAUGAGAGUCGGUGAUAUUCUCAAUAACCUUGAAGACAACGAAGAGGAAGUCGUUGAGCUUCAAGCCCUGGCUCGGGCCAUGAUUGUUCGGCUUCAGGUCGGCGAGAUGCUUGCUGACCUGGAGGAUGAGGAACACAUCAUCACUGACUUGCAAGCACACAUUCGCGGCACCAUCGUCCGAAACCGCUUCGAGGAGAGACGCCGCCAUUACAAUCAGAACAUGGAGAGAGUCAUCAAGGCUCAAAGUGUCAUCCGCGGCCGCAUUCAAGGCCGUGCGUACAAGAGCUUGACGGGUGGAAAGAAUCCACCUGUUGGAACAGUCAAGGGCUUCGUGCACCUUCUCAACGAUAGCGAUUUUGACUUUGACGAGGAAAUUGAGUUCGAACGACUGCGAAAGGUCGUUGUUCAACAAGUCCGGCAAAACGAGAUGGCAGAGCAGUACAUCAGCCAGCUGGACAUCAAGAUUGCUCUACUGGUCAAGAACAAAAUCACACUUGAUGAAGUUGUCAAACACCAAAAGCACUUCGGUGGUCAUAUUGGUAACUUGCUGUCCAACACUGACAUCUCUUCUAAAGAUCCGUAUGAUCUGAAGGCUCUGAACAAAACCUCCAGAAGGAAGUUGGAUCAGUACCAGGUCUUUUUCUUCCUUUUACAGACUCAAUCGCAAUAUCUGGCAAGACUGUUCCGACGACUUCGCGAGAUCAAUACCUCAGACAAGGAAUAUGAAAGAAUCAGACAUCUAAUGAUGGGCCUCUUUGGGUACUCACAGAAGAGGCGGGAAGAAUAUUACCUUGUGAGACUUCUCGCACGCUCGGUCAAAGAGGAUAUCGAAGGUUUCGCGACACUGUCUGAGUUCUUGCGCUGCCACUCUUUCUGGAACAAGCUGUUCAGCUCCUACGCCAAGUCACCUCGGGACCGAAAGUUCAUGCGUGAUGUCCUGGGCCCGGUAGUCAAGGAAUCCGUAAUUGACAAUCGUGAACUCGAUCUUGAGAGUGACCCGAUCCAGAUUUAUCGCUCUUCAAUCAAUAACGAGGAGCUUCGCACAGGUCAGCGAAGUCGACGACCAGCAGACCUUCCUCGCGAGGAAGCAAUCAGAGAUCCUGAAACCCGGGAAACUUUCAUUCAGAAUUUGCAAGAUCUGCGUGAUGUUGCGGACCAGUUCUUUGCUGCCCUCGAAGAUUUCUUGUACCGCAUGCCAUUUGGGAUCCGAUACCUGACCAAGCAAAUGUACGAAAAUUUGCUUGCCCGUUUCCCUAAUGAAGACCCCGGAUUUGUUCUUCAGACGGUAGGCCACUGGGCAUGGAAAAGCUAUUUCCAGCCGGCUGUACUAGAGCCAGAGAAGUAUGGUGUGGUGGAUCGUGGUUUGACUCAAGAGCAAAAGCGAAAUCUGGGGGAAAUCGCGAAGGUAGUUGCGCAGGUCGCUUCUGGUAGACUCUUCGGAGCAGCCGAAAAUGUCUACCUUCAACCUUUGAAUACCUACAUCGGCGAGUCAAUACAACGACUAGGGCGCAUUUGGGGACAGAUGAUUUCCGUCCAGGAUGCGGAAGCCUACUUCGACAUUGAUGAAUUUAAUGAUCUUUACGCCAAAGCCAAACCGACUUUGUACAUUAAAAUGUCCGACAUUUUCUCUAUCCACCAACUUGUCGCCUCACAAAUUGACUGCAUGUGUUCACACCCCGAUGACUUCCUUAAACAGCUUGUCCGGGAUCUGGGCAACGUGAAGAGCAACGAGAAUGAAUUGAUGAGCGUCAGCUCUACCGAGAUCAAUCUCACACUCAAUCCCAAGCUGGCUCAGGUUGAAGAUCCGGAAGCGGCCAUAAAGACUUUGUUUAUGGAGACCAAAAGAUGCAUUCUUUACAUUAUCCGAGUUCAAAGUGGUACCAACUUGAUGGAUAUCAUGCUCAAGACACCCAGUGAAGAAGAUGAAGAGCGCUGGGAUACUUUGGUUCGAGAAGAAUUGAGCACAGGCAACCCACGCCGGGGUGCCUACUCCGAGGCUAGCACAUUGAUUGAUAUCGGUUCGAUGACCUACUCGGAGCUGAAGGGUACCGCCCUGGAGAACAUUCUCCGCCUCGAGCAAGCUGGCAAGAUCAGCCGCCACAACCACUACCAGGAUCUCCUGAACGCCAUCGCUAUCGACAUUCGAACGAAGCACCGUCGACGAAUCCAGCGGGAGCGCGAAUUGGAGGGUGCGCGCCUGACUUCCAACCGUCUAAGCGACCAAGCUUCCUAUCUAGAGGGACAACUCAAGACCUACAACGAUUACAUUGAGCAGGCCAUGAUUACUCUUCAGAACAAGAAGGGAAAGAAGCGAUUCUUGAUGCCAUUCACCAAGCAAUGGGACCACCAGCGGGAACUUCAAAAAUCCGGCAAGGUUUUCAAGUUCGGAUCGUACAAAUACUCUGCCCGCAACCUGGCGGACCGUGGCGUGCUGGUUGCCUGGAAGGGUUAUUCUGAUCGGCAAUUUGACCGGGUGGACUUGACAAUUUCUAGUAACGAAGUCGGUGUGUUCACCAUUGACGGUAGUAGUGGCAACAUGAUGGUUCCUGGAGCCAAUGCCCAGGUCCCAUUGGAUGACCUAUUACAGGCUCAAUUCAACAACACACAAUUCAUGGACUUCUUUGACGGGCAGAUGAGGGUCAACGUGAACCUUUUCUUGCAUCUGAUCAUGAAGAAGUUCUACAAUGAAUAA